AUGGCUGCCAUAGAAGAUGGUCCGAAUUCUAAAGCAAAGUCUUCUCAUAAGGCUUCACACUCUCAUGCCACUGGACCUUCAACUGCGACACACUCAUCAUCACCUAAAGUUGAAAUGGAUGCAUCCAACUAUACUGCAUUUCUCAACACUCAGGAACAACCCAAAGAAGUCAGUGUCAUAGUUGAAUAUCUGCAUAAAUGUCCAUUGGCAUAUGAACUUCUUUCUACUUCUCCAACUCCACAAUCUCUUAUCACUGAAGUCUUUCCGUCAGCAGUCGUCUCCACAAGAGCAAGGUCCACACAACUUAAUGUUGAAUUUAAUCUUUUUCAAGAUACUUUGUUCUUCACUAAAGAAGAGUUCAUAAUCAGUUUAGGUCUAAGCGAUAUUUCUCCUACACCUCAAACAUUUGUCACACCAACUUCUGCUAAAUUAUUUACAAUGUUAAAGGAAAUGGGGUAUAAAUUUGAAGACGAACAAGAACCAUGUCUUUCAAGAAUUCAGAAAUCAUUUCUUCCCACACCAUGGCACUUUCUCAGUUUCGUUCUCACUAGAUGUCUAUUCGGAUCAGUUGGUGGAUGCAGCAAAGGUAAAACAGACCUUUGGAUUCUUAUGUACGGGCUCUUCUACGACAUCAAUGUUGACUACGCGUCAAUUCUUUGGGAAGAUUUCCUUAAUUUUCUCCCUACAUCAGAGAGUAAGUUUUUGAUUCGUCAUCCUUGUUGGUGGUCAAUCAUUAUUUAUGAUGCCAUCCAUAAUAGUAAUCUUGCACCCGGAUGGAUUCCAGAAGGCCCACAUCAACAUUUCUUGUGUAUGAUGCCAUAUCGGAUUCGUACGGAAGCUGAAUCUGGUUCUUCACAACCAGGAAUUAUUUUGCCUCCAAAAAAGAAGAGGAAGCAUUUUGAUCAUGCAUCCAAGAAGUCUGCAAAGAAGAAGAAGAAGAAGAAAUCCAAAUCAAGUCAACCACCCCCUAUCUCAUCUGCAGCCGUCUCUGAUGAUAAUCAUGGAGCAAAUUUAGAGGAACCCACAUCUCUCCCUAAAUCUGGUACAACCUCUAAGUCAUUCUCUUUCAUAGAUUCCUUAUUUCAUGCUCUAUCUGAUUAUGAUAAACCAUCCUCUUCAUCUCUAGUUUCACCAACACAAGUUCAGUCAGUUCUAGAAAGUCAAAACCAUUAUGUCUCCUUCGAUUAUGACUCACUUGAGAAUGAUAACCAAGAUGAUGAUAAGCAAUCCGAACCAGAAAAUUUUCCUCAACAUUCUCCAAUACAAGAUAAUCUUGAUGACGAUACUCCAAUGCGGACGGUUGAUAUCCCUUCCAGUGAAGGAUUGAUAGCCCAUGAUGAGACCAAUGACAUAUCUAUUGUUAUUUACUCCAUUGUAUCUUCCAGGACUUUCACCAUUGAUCUUGAUGAUUACACUCCUCCAACGCCUAAGGCAAUAUGUGCUCGACAUGGUUAUUGA